AUGGCCAAGGCAUACAGACCAAUAGCUCUACUGAACACACUAGGAAAGCUCCUGUCAGCCCUCAUGGCAGAGGACAUCUCAAACCUCUGCAAACAGCACAACCUCCUACCCAACUCCCAGUUUGGAGGUAGACCUGGCCAUACUACCACAGAUGCACUGCACCUACUCACAUGCGAGAUCAAGAAAACAUGGAGACAAUCAAAGGUAGCAAGUGCCUUAUUUCUUGACAUCCAAGCAGCAUUUCCUAAUGUUGUCAAACCAACACUGGUAGAAAACAUGCGAAGAAAAGGCAUACCCAAAGCGUACAUCCAAACUAUAGAGGAUAUACUGACAGGCAGGACAACCUGCCUCAAGUUUGAUGGUAACCACUUGGAGCCACAACCUAUCACAAAUAGAAACAGCCAAGGAUGCCCUCUCUCAAUGAUUCUCUACCUAUUCUACAUUGCUCCCCUUCUUGAGAUCACUAACAAGACAAACCAGCUCACCAUUGGCUUUGUCGACAACACCACACUCCUUGCGAUAGGCAAAUCCUUUACAGAAAUGCACGAAAUCCUCAAACACAUGAUGGAGAACCUAGGAGGAGUGCUCAACUGGUCAUAUCGACACAGCUCACCACUUGAAAUCAGCGAGCUUGCAUUAAUCAACUUCACAAGAUCCCUCGACAAGCAAAAAGAGUCAAUGCCACUCAUCCUGAAUACCACCAAUAGCCAAGGAAACCCGCAGUCAGUCAAUCUCACCAGUAGUGAAAGCUACAAGCUGCUAGGAGUCAUCCUCAACCAUCAGCUUUACUGGAACAAGCACCAAGAACUGGUGCAUGCAAGAGUAGUGAAAUGGACAGUGUUGUUCUCACGCAUCCACAGAGUUCUACAUGGUCUACCCAUUCAGAUGGGAUGCCAGCUCUACAAAGCAGUCACCAUCCCAUGCAUCCAGUAUGCAGCUGACCUCUGUGAGGAGGACCAGUCAACCUCAGGAGAAGAGAUUGACAAGACCCCAUCAAACCUAAGUGACACCACCACAGGAAACACAUUGGCCCCACCAACAACCCAACCAGAGAAGCAGGCUCCAGAGAAAGAUGGCAACAGCAAAUCAACAAGACCAUCUGUCACAGAGGUCCUCUGGGCUGUGGCUGAGGAGGCCACCAAAGAGGACCAAUUGGGAGGAUGA